AUGAGUGGCAUCAAGGAGGACAUCAAGAAGCAGCAGCGACAACAUUUUGGUGCCCGAGCACCUACCAUUCAUGCACGCCUUGCGGAGGAUAUGGGCGAGGUAGAAGCGAAGCGCAAAAGAAAGACGAUGACCAAGUCGACCGCGGCAGACAGUAUGGAGACUUCCAGCACAAAGCAAGGUGGAGCUCCUGUCGCGAAGGUGUCCAAGAAACUCAAGUCCAAGGGAAGCAUCACAGAAAUUCGCCUCGUUGGGGUGUUGGAAUCAUUCUUCGAGACUAGAAGCGCGUUUGCAGGUCAGAACUUAAGAGCAUACGAGCGCAUGACUGUCGAAGAGAAGGAGCUCAUGAGCGAGCGGAUGCGACAACAGACCAGAUUCACAGGAGAUAUGUGGACCUCACUUGUUCAACGGCCAGCAGAUAACGCAAAGUACCUCAAGUACUUUACCGAGCCAAGUCGCAAGAAACCAGCCAUUCCACCCUACAUUGAGGUCGGUGUAGAUUCGCUGUCUCGCGGAGCGUUCGAGUUUGCCUCGACACCGAUACGUUCUAUUUGA